GUCUCAGUCCAAACAUUCGCAGCGCGUGCCAUGGCAGGGAAACUGGAUCUUAUUUCCAAGUGCAUUAGAACUUUCCCUGAUUUUCCUACGAAGGGGAUUCCGUUCAAGGAUAUUUUUCCAGUCUUGAAGGAUCCGAAGGCUCUGGCUGCUGUGACCGAUCUCUUUGAGGAGCACGCAAGGCGCGCGUAUCCUCAGGUGGAUCUUAUAGUCGGACUUGACGCUCGAGGAUUUCUGUUUGGGCCGCUUUUGGCUCAGAGAUUAGGUGUAGGAUUUGCUCCAAUCAGAAAAAAAGGGAAGCUCCCUGGUCCCACGUUAUCAGUAGCUUAUAGUCUUGAGUAUGCAAAGGCCGAGGCGGAGAUGCAGGAAGAUGCUGUUUCUGCAGGACAGAAGGUCCUGAUCGUUGAUGAUUUACUGGCUACUGGAGGUGAGUGA